AGAGAUAGGAAUUGGUGAGAAAAAGGAAAGAAAAGGAAAGAUAGAUGGGGUUCUCAGAGAAGCAAGAGGGUCUGGUUAAGGAUUCAUGGCAAGAAAUGAAGAACAACAUUCCUCAACUCAGUUUUCGUUUCUUCAGUCUAAUCCUGGAGAUAGCACCAGCGGCAAAGGAUAUGUUCUCGUUCCUGAAGGACAGUGAUGAAGUUCCUGAGAACAAUCCGAAGCUCAAAUCCCAUGCUAUCAUAGUCUUCAAGUUGACGUGUGAUUCAGCGGUUCAGCUGCGAGAGAAGGGUGAAGUUGUGGUUAGUGGCACAACUCUGAAGCAUCUGGGAGCCGUUCAUCUUCAAAAGGGAGUCAUUCAACCUCACUUUCAGGUUGUAAAAGAAGCUCUACUAAGAACAGUGGAAGAGGCAAUGGGGGAGAAAUGGAGUGAAGAGAUGAAACAAGCUUGGGCUGAAGCCUAUGAUCAGUUGGCUGCAGCUAUCAAAGCUGAGAUGAAGGCCCAAACUCACCUUUCUUCCCAACCCUCUGCUCCGGCCUAAAGUUUUAUUAUUAUUAUUUUUUCUGUUUUCCAUAAAUUGAAGGACAUGUUCUGUUUUGAUUGCACAUUA